CCUCUAAAAAUACAGCAACUGCAGAACCAAAUUCGUCUGGAGCAAGAAAGCAGCCAGCGGUAUCAUCACCACCAGCAACCCGACCACCAUCUGCACCCUCCCUCUUCUCCUUCCUUUCCUCCUCCCCCCUCCUUCCAGGAGCUUGAAGCCAGCCAGUGUCUCACUUCUGUGCCAAUGAGUAUUCUCAACUCUCAUACUUCUCCCACCAUGCAGUCCUCCAGCUCCUUCAACUAUGCUCGGCCUAAGCAGUUCAUUGCUGCUCAGAACAUCAGCCCUGCUUCGGGUUACGUGACUCCUUCCUCGGGAUCAUCUACAUCCAGCCUUCCCUCUCCUAUGUCUCCUACUGCUUCUCAGAAACAGUUUGGGAGAGCGCCUGUCCCACCGUUCUCCCAGCAGUUUGCUCCAGAAGGGGAGUACCCAUGGUCUCCUUCUUCUCCAUCUCCUCCCCCGCCACCUCCACCUGUCUUUAGUCCAACCACAGCGUAUCCCGUGUGCGAUUCCUUUCCACUGCCACCUCCUCCACCCCCUCCUCUUCCUUCAGUUCCUUCCCCUUCCCACAGCAUGUCUCCAACUCCUAGAUUUUCUAAUUCCGGCCAAUCUCCAGCUGCUUUUCUCAGCUCCAUGCUGCCAUCCCAGCCACCACCUAUUUCUGUCAAUGCACUAGGGCUGCCCAAAGGAGUGACACCUCCGGGUUUUCCCAAGAAAACAGGCAGAACUGCCAGGAUAGCAUCAGAUGAAGAGAUUCAAGGGUCAAAAGAUGCUGUAAUUCAGGACCUGGAAAGAAAGCUUCGUUUCAAGGAAGACCUUUUGAACAAUGGGCAACCGAGGUUGACGUAUGAGGAAAAAAUGGCUCGCCGAUUGCUGGGCGCCGACAGCGCCGCGACCGUCUUUAACAUCCAAGAACCGGAAGAGGAGCCGGCCAUACAGGAAGUUCGCUCUAUUGAUGCUUCUGUAGUGAGGCCUGUGGAUAUUCAAAAGGAGUAUAAGGUCUCGAGCUUUGAGCAAAGAUUGAUCAGUGAAAUUGAAUACAGGCUGGAGAGGUCUCCUGUGGAGGAAUCGGAUGAUGAAGUGCAACACGGAGAUGAUCCUUUUGAUAACAGCGUGUCACCAUAUUUUGAGAUAAAGCUGAAGCAUUACAAAAUCUUUGAGGGAAUGCCAGUCACAUUUACAUGCAAAGUGGCAGGAAAUCCAAAGCCAAAGAUUUAUUGGUUUAAAGAUGGGAAGCAAAUUUCGAAAAGAAGCGAUCACUACCAAAUUCAGAGAGAACCUGACGGAACUUGCUCGCUGCAUACUACAGCCUCCACCCUGGAUGACGAUGGGAACUACACGAUUAUGGCAGCCAACCCGCAGGGCAGAGUGAGCUGCACCGGAAGGCUUAUGGUUCAGGCUGUGAAUCAAAGAGGCCGUAGUCCUCGGACACCUCCUGGUCAGCUUCAUAUUAGAAGGUUAACGAAGCAGAUCCGCCCUCGCAGAGCUGCCAGGGCUCCGGUCCAGGUUUCCGUGGUGGGGAGGCACCUGUUCCGCUUAAUGGCUGCGCUGGCCGGAGAAGCCCAGUGCUGGGUGACGAUCACCUUCGGAGAUGACAGAAUUACCCGUGAGCAAGGUGCCGUUGAGAGGCUUCCCCUGAGCGGUUAG